AAUUUAUGACUUGCUGCUUCAUUUCAAACGUUAGAGUUGAAGUCAUGCAAAGCCAUGUUCUUUUUUCCUCUUACGUUGAGCUAAUUUCAACUGCAAAAAGUGGACAUUAAUGUGAUUGUUAGGGAGAAAAAGGAGUUUGUAAUUUGGUGUAGGUUAGCUCCCUCAUUAUUGCUGCCAGAGUAGAUUUGUAGUUAAGUAGGAAAAUGAUCACCAAUUCCUAAUUGUUUAGUUUCAAUCUCUAUUUAUUUCAUGCUUUCAUGUCAUAUGUUGCGUGCACAAAAACUAUACUUUUGCUCUGUUGGACGCCAUUCAUUAGAUCUUCAUUACAGAUUUUGAAUUUCAUUGCUAUUCUCCUCUUUUUGUUGAACUGGAUUAAAUAUUUCCUUCUCAUUUUUGUGAACUGGUAAUGCUGCAAUUCUUGGUAUCUUCACACUGAAUUUCAUACACAGAGCUGAACCAAGCAAGGAUGAAGAACAGCUAAGAUCAGGACUUGAAACUAUCACUUGCCUCCACUCCACACCAAACAAGAAGCAAUGAAGUUCCAAUUCCGUGCUGUUUCAUUUGUUCUGCUAAGCUUCAUAGUGUCUCUCUUUGGCCUGAUUGUAGCUGACUUGAACUCCGACAGACAAGCUCUGCUUGAGUUCUUCUCAAAUGUUCCACACGCCCCAAGAUUAAAUUGGAGUGAGUCCACUCCAAUUUGUACUUCUUGGGCUGGUGUGACUUGCAACCAAAAUGAAACUAGUGUCAUUAGCAUCCAUCUUCCAGGGGCAGGUUUCCAGGGCUCCAUUCCAGAGAAUAGCCUGGGUAAACUAGAUUCUCUUAAAAUUCUGAGCCUUCAUUCCAAUGGCCUCAGAGGAAACCUUCCUUCUGACAUUCUCUCUAUUCCUUCACUCCAAUAUGUAAACCUGCAGCAAAAUAACUUCUCAGGUCUAAUCCCUUCUUCCCUCUCCCCUAAACUCAUAGCAUUAGACAUUUCCUCUAAUAAUUUCUCGGGAAGUAUCCCACGUAUCUUUCAGAAUCUCAGUAGACUAACCUGGUUGUAUCUCCAAAACAAUUCCCUCUCUGGGGCUAUUCCUGACUUCAACUUUACAAGUCUCAAGUAUUUGAAUUUGAGCUAUAACAACUUGAAUGGCUCAAUUCCAAAGUCCAUCAACAAGUAUCCGUACUCUUCUUUUGCUGGGAACUCUCACUUGUGUGGACCACCUCUCAAUAACUGCUCUGCAGUCUCCACUCCAUCUUCAUUUUCUUCCUCCAUUUCUCCUUCACCUGUUCAUCAACCACUCUCUCCAGAAGCAGCUCCCCAAAAUAGAAGUGCUACCACUUCAAAGAGUUACUUUGGCCUAGCUUCUAUACUUGCUCUGACAAUUGGGGGCUGUGCUUUCCUCUCUCUCCUAGUUUUGGUGAUGUUUGUAUGCUGUUUAAAGAAGAACAAAAGUCAAAGCAGUGGCAUACUUACAGGAAAGGCACCGUGUUCUGGAAAGAUUGAGGUUUCAAAGAGUUUCGGGAGUGGGGUGCAAGAGGUUGAAAAAAACAGGCUGUUUUUCUUUGAAGGUUGCUCUUACAGCUUUGACCUUGAAGAUUUGUUAAAGGCUUCAGCUGAAGUUCUUGGAAAGGGGAGCUAUGGAACAACAUAUAGGGCUGUUUUGGAGGAUGGAACAGCAGUGGUAGUUAAAAGGUUGAGGGAAGUUCUAGUUGGAAAGAAGGAGUUUGAGCAGCAGAUGGAGGUUGUAGGAAGAAUUGGUCGGCACCCUAAUGUUUUGCCCCUUCGAGCCUUUUACUUCUCCAAAGAUGAGAAACUUCUAGUAUAUGACUACAUGCCUGGAGGCAGCUUGUUUUCCUUGUUGCAUGGUACGUUUUAUUUACNAGACAAAAGAUUACUCUCGCAGAAGGAAAGUUCCGGUAGUGUUUCUCUUCAGCUACAGCUCGUCAUAGCUUUUAUGCGUAUUUCCUUCCCAUCAAUUUCCAAUGUCUAUCACUUGCCUCCACUCCACACCAAACAAGAAGCAAUGAAGUUCCAAUUCCGUGCUGUUUCAUUUGUUCUGCUAAGCUUCAUAGUGUCUCUCUUUGGCCUGAUUGUAGCUGACUUGAACUCCGACAGACAAGCUCUGCUUGAGUUCUUCUCAAAUGUUCCACACGCCCCAAGAUUAAAUUGGAGUGAGUCCACUCCAAUUUGUACUUCUUGGGCUGGUGUGACUUGCAACCAAAAUGAAACUAGUGUCAUUAGCAUCCAUCUUCCAGGGGCAGGUUUCCAGGGCUCCAUUCCAGAGAAUAGCCUGGGUAAACUAGAUUCUCUUAAAAUUCUGAGCCUUCAUUCCAAUGGCCUCAGAGGAAACCUUCCUUCUGACAUUCUCUCUAUUCCUUCACUCCAAUAUGUAAACCUGCAGCAAAAUAACUUCUCAGGUCUAAUCCCUUCUUCCCUCUCCCCUAAACUCAUAGCAUUAGACAUUUCCUCUAAUAAUUUCUCGGGAAGUAUCCCACGUAUCUUUCAGAAUCUCAGUAGACUAACCUGGUUGUAUCUCCAAAACAAUUCCCUCUCUGGGGCUAUUCCUGACUUCAACUUUACAAGUCUCAAGUAUUUGAAUUUGAGCUAUAACAACUUGAAUGGCUCAAUUCCAAAGUCCAUCAACAAGUAUCCGUACUCUUCUUUUGCUGGGAACUCUCACUUGUGUGGACCACCUCUCAAUAACUGCUCUGCAGUCUCCACUCCAUCUUCAUUUUCUUCCUCCAUUUCUCCUUCACCUGUUCAUCAACCACUCUCUCCAGAAGCAGCUCCCCAAAAUAGAAGUGCUACCACUUCAAAGAGUUACUUUGGCCUAGCUUCUAUACUUGCUCUGACAAUUGGGGGCUGUGCUUUCCUCUCUCUCCUAGUUUUGGUGAUGUUUGUAUGCUGUUUAAAGAAGAACAAAAGUCAAAGCAGUGGCAUACUUACAGGAAAGGCACCGUGUUCUGGAAAGAUUGAGGUUUCAAAGAGUUUCGGGAGUGGGGUGCAAGAGGUUGAAAAAAACAGGCUGUUUUUCUUUGAAGGUUGCUCUUACAGCUUUGACCUUGAAGAUUUGUUAAAGGCUUCAGCUGAAGUUCUUGGAAAGGGGAGCUAUGGAACAACAUAUAGGGCUGUUUUGGAGGAUGGAACAGCAGUGGUAGUUAAAAGGUUGAGGGAAGUUCUAGUUGGAAAGAAGGAGUUUGAGCAGCAGAUGGAGGUUGUAGGAAGAAUUGGUCGGCACCCUAAUGUUUUGCCCCUUCGAGCCUUUUACUUCUCCAAAGAUGAGAAACUUCUAGUAUAUGACUACAUGCCUGGAGGCAGCUUGUUUUCCUUGUUGCAUGGGAACAGAGGAAUGGGAAGAGCUCCAUUAGACUGGGAUUCAAGAAUGAAGAUUGCACUUGGAGUUGCAAAGGGGAUUGCUUCCAUUCACACUGAGCACAUGGAUUUAAAACUUACUCAUGGCAACAUCAAGUCCUCCAAUGUGCUCAUAACCCAAGAACAUGAUGGCUGCAUCACUGAUGUAGGACUCACUCCUAUGAUGACCACUCAAUCAACCAUGUCAAAAGCCAAUGGCUACCGUGCUCCCGAAAUAACCGAGUACAGGAGAAUCACUCAGAAGUCUGAUGUUUACAGCUUUGGAGUGCUCCUUCUUGAAAUGCUCACUGGAAAGGCUCCAAUAGGAUAUCCUGGAUAUGACGACAUGGUUGAUCUUCCAAGAUGGGUGAGGUCUGUGGUUAGAGAGGAAUGGACUGCUGAAGUUUUUGAUGAGGAGCUGCUUAGAGGGCAGUAUUUUGAAGAGGAAAUGGUGCAGAUGCUUCAGAUUGCACUGGCAUGUGUGGCUAAGGUGGCAGAUAAUAGGCCAACAAUGGAUGAAACUGUUAGGAACAUAGAGGAAAUUAGGCUUCCUGAAUUGAAUAACCAUAACACAUCAUCUGAGUCUGACUCUAAUCUACAAACUCCAUGAUUAUUUUGUAUACGUAUGUUUGCCCUGCCAUGGAUUUCUUAUUUUCUAUACCACACAAGGAAUAACCUUGUUGUGUCUUUAGAGUAUUCAAGUUAUGAUAACUGUAUUGUAUCAUGGUAUGUUCAGAUGACGUAGUAGUUUCUUAUUCCACAAAUGCAGUGAGAAACGUUGUAUCAAGUUAGUGACACUGAAGAAGUAAAAGUUUUCAAACCUUGCAGUUCAGUAUCACUCAUUUAUGUAUCUCGC